UUGGAUGAGGGAGAGGGGUGGGUGUAGGCAAAUGGCAAGAUGAGUUUGUUAAAAAGCAGGAUUGGAAGAAUCCUUUGAGUGUGGGAAAAUGAGUAUGUACGGUAGGGAUCCGUGGGGAGGCCCGCUGGAGAUUCACGCCACCGACUCCGCCACGGACGACGAGCGCAGCCGGAAUCUCCAGGAGCUGGACCGAGGCGCUUUAGACGAGACCCAACAGAGCUGGCUCUUGGGCGCCGGAGAACAGAAAAAGAACAAGAAAACCUACGUAGACCUUGGCUGCAUCAUCGUCAGCCGCAAGCUCUUCAUCUGGACCCUCGGCACCCUCGCCGUCUUCGCCUUCCUCUCCGCCUUCAUCACUCUCAUCGUCAAAACCGUCCCCCGCCACCACCACAAGCCCCCCCCUCCCGACAACUACACCAUCGCCCUCCACAAGGCCCUCCUCUUCUUCAACGCCCAGAAAUCCGGAAAGCUCCCUCGCCACAACAAUGUUUCCUGGAGAGGCAACUCCUGUCUGCAUGACGGCAAGGAUGACGGCGUGCCUCCCGUCAUUAAGGAUCUGGUGGGCGGUUACUACGACGCCGGCGACGCCAUAAAAUUCAACUUCCCCAUGUCCUUCUCCUUGACCAUGCUGAGCUGGAGCGUGAUCGAGUACAGCGGCAAGUACCAGGCUGCGGGUGAAUUGGGUCACGUUAAGGACAUCAUAAAAUGGGGGACCGAUUACCUUCUCAAGAACUUCAACAGCACCGCCGACACCAUCACCCAGCUGGGCAUGCAGGUUGGAUCCGGGGACACCUCCCAAGGGAGCGCCACUCCCAACGACCACUACUGCUGGAUGCGUCCCGAGGACAUCGACUACGACCGCCCCACCCAGACCUGCACCACAUGCUCCGAUUUGGCCGCCGAGAUGGCGGCGGCGUUGGCGGCGGCCUCCAUUGUUUUCAAGGACAACAGGGCGUAUUCGCAGAAGCUGGUUCACGGGGCGACUACGCUUUUUAAGUUCUCUAGGGAUCAGAGAGGGAGGUACAGUCCAAAUGGGAAGGAGGCUUCUGUAUUCUACAAUUCCACCAGCUAUUGGGAUGAGUUCGUUUGGGGAGGGGCAUGGAUGUACUUUGCCACUGGGAAUUCCUCUUACCUCAAGCUCGCUACCACUCCUCGCCUCGCCAAACACGCUGGCGCCUUCUGGGGAGGCCCUGACUACGGUGUCCUCAGCUGGGAUAACAAGCUUACUGGUGCUCAGGUUCUUCUCAGUCGUUUGAGGUUGUUCCUGAGUCCUGGUUAUCCCUAUGAAGAUAUUCUAACCACAUUUCACAAUCAGACAGGCAUAGUCAUGUGCUCCUACCUCCCAAUGUUCACCAGCUUUAAUAGAACAAGGGGUGGCUUGAUUCAAUUAAACCAUGGUAGGCCUCAGCCUCUCCAAUAUGUUGUCAAUGCCGCCUUUUUGGCUGCCCUUUACAGUGAUUAUCUCGAUGCUGCUGAUACACCUGGAUGGUAUUGUGGACCCAAUUUCUUCUCAACUGAUGUUCUUCGAGACUUUGCAAAGACCCAGAUUGAUUACAUCCUUGGGAAGAACCCUCGGAAAAUGAGCUAUGUUGUAGGUUUUGGUAAUCAUUAUCCAAAACAUGUUCACCAUAGAGGUGCGUCUAUACCAAAGAACAAGGUUAAGUACAACUGUAAAGGAGGAUGGAAAUGGAGGGACUCAUCCAAGCCAAACCCACAUACAAUUGUUGGUGCUAUGGUUGCUGGUCCUGACAAGCACGAUCAUUUCCAUGAUGUCCGAACCAACUACAACUACACUGAGCCAACUCUAGCAGGAAAUGCAGGUUUAGUGGCUGCACUUGUGGCAUUGUCCGGUGAUAAAACCACAGGAAUUGACAAAAACACCCUCUUCUCUGCUGUUCCCCCAAUGUUUCCCACACCACCACCACCUCCAGCACCAUGGAAACCAUGAUUUUGAAGAUGGAGGUAGAUCGAAGAAGUCAAGGGCGGCCGCACAUGGAAAAAUGGAAGUAGUGGAACUAGGCCUAGUGAAAUCUAGGAACAAUCUUCGAUUUAAGAUUAGCAUUAAAAUUACAUAAUACUUGAGACUGUCUUUUGUUUACUUAUUUUUUUGUGAUAUACAUAGUAUGUAUGUAUGUAUCAAAUCUUGAAUUCUUUAAACGUGCAAAACUAACAGCAUGUAAUGUAGGUGACACGUUUAGAUCUAAUGUCUUACAAUUACCUUACUCAGUUUUCUUUUUGC